AUGCUGCGGCGCCUUGGCGACUCGAAACGCAACACGCUCGCCGCACAGAGCAAUCUUGCAAACACGUAUCAAAGCGUUGGACGGUUUGAGGAAGCCAACCGCAUGAUGCGAGACGUAUACGCCGGAAAUUUGAAGCUCUAUGGCGAGGAACACCAAGAGACACUUGAAGUAGCCAUCAACUACGGGUUCUCGCUAGGUCAACUAAAGCGAUUUGAAGAGGCUAAAUCACUCUUGCGCAAAGUGAUGCCCGUGGCGCGACGGGUUCUUGGCGCAAGGAAUGAAAAUACGCUCAAAAUGCGGUGGCUUUACGGGCGGGUGCUCUACAGGGCCCCCGGCGCCACGCUCGACGAUCUCCGCGAGGCCGUGACGACGCUCGAGGAGACGGCAGGGAUCGCGCGGCGCGUGUUUGGGGGCGCGCACCCGCUCACAAAUUGGAUUGAGGAGGAAUUUCCGGACGCACGAGCCGCGCUCGCUUCGCGCCCGUGA